GAUAACUGACAUUCAGUAAACAUAACCUCCCUUGGGCGAUUCUCGCUUGUCAAAAAUGUUGAGGCAUGUUGUGGGCCAAUCUGCCAGGAUUUUAGAUACUAAUCUCGUGUGUGCCUCAACCAACUUGCAAUUUGUGCGAUGGAGGAGGAAGCCCCGUUGGUUGCCCGUCGCCAAAAGCAAAAGGUUUCUGGUGCCGGAACGCAAGCCACAGGAUUCCGACGAGCGGCUUGAGCUCCUUCGGUUGCAUAAUAACUACAGAACACAGCUUCGUUCGGUUACUUCUUAUUUGAUGAAAGAAGCGGAGGUUAACCGUAAGACUUCGACCGCCGAUCACUUGGUCUUGACCCCGGAACAGGAGGAAGCUGAAUUUCAGAAAUGUGUGGCAGAGAACGAAGCCUGGAAUGCUAAAAUCGCACAAGAACGGGAAGCGCGUCUUCAGAAGGAAGCGGCGGAGAGGGAGGCGUAUGUUGCGAGAAAACUCGAGGAGGCUAGGAUCAAGCAGGAGGAAGAGCGGGAAAGGAUUGAGGAAAUUGUUCGUUUAGAGAAGGAACGGUCCAGGUCGUAUAUAACGAAGGAAAACUUGGAUGCCGCGAUAGACCACGCACUGGCGAAUCCGGUGGACCACAACUUUGCUAUAGACCUCCAGGGGAACAUUUACAGAGGGCGAGAUGCUGGUCCGUCGAAACCUGGGGAGAAGUCUGCUGAGCAGGCUGCACUGACUAGCGGUUCAUAGUUUAUUAGGAUAAUUUGAAUAACAGAAGCUUUGUUUAAAUUUA